CCAACUCCUUGCUUCAAAUAUCAAUUUCCAUUACGACAUUUCCUCCCUCAUGUCCUCUCUCUCAUCUUUCUUGAUCUCUUUUGUUUGAAGUAUGUUUUUCAACAGUUAAAAACCAGUCCCCCUCUCAUUUCCGACUUCUCUCUGUUACACUUGUCCACUGUGUUUCAAUAACUGCCCAAUUUUUGUCUAAUUUCAUAUACUCAACAUUUCCAUUGCAGAAUUAUUUGCAAGAUUUUCAACAUCAAGAAAUCCCCUUCAAGAAUCAAGAAAAACAACCCAUAAGGCCAUAAUUACAAUGUUGUAUAAAGGGUCAUUGCUAUUUUCUCUUGUAACUGCUUUCUUCAUUUUCUCUUCCUUUCUCUUUUCAUUUACCCUUGGAUGGGUUGAGUCUGAUUUUCACACAUUCCAAACACCACCCAUUUCAGGUGAAGAAAGAAGUGAGAAUGAUGUGGUGGUUUCAUGGGAAAUGACAAAAAGGUAUCUUGCUGAAAGUCCAAAUGGUGAGCCUCCAUUAAACUCAUCACUUAUAUUGGCUGCUAAAAGAACAUAUAGAAAAGAUCCUUUUGAUAAUUUCAAGAGAUAUACUGGAGGCUGGAAUAUCAGCGAGCGCCAUUACUGGGCUUCUGUGGCUUUCACUGCAGCUCCAUUCUUUGUCGUUGCACUGAUCUGGUUUGUGAUCUUUGGGCUGUGCUUAGUGUCCAUCUGUCUCUGCUACUGUUGCUGUAGAAGAGUACCUUAUGGCUACUCUCGAAUAGCUUAUGCUCUCUCCCUCAUACUCCUCAUACUUUUUACCAUUGCUGCAAUUGUUGGAUGUAUCAUUUUGUACAUUGGUCAGGGAAAGUUUCACAGCAGCACAGUUAACACGCUGGAUUACGUGGUCCAUCAGGCAAAUACCACUGCGGAUAGUCUCAGAAACGUCUCAGGUUAUCUAGCAGCAGCCAAACUUAUUGCCGUGGAUCAAGUUUUGCUUCCUGGUACAGUCCAAACAGACAUAGACCGCAUCCAAACCAAGAUUAAUUCUUCUGCUAAUACCCUUGCCACUAAAACAUCAGACAAUAAGGAUGACAUAGCACGUUUGGUAGAGUCUGUGAGAUUGGCUCUUAUCAUUCUAUCAGCCAUUAUGCUUCUAUUGACAUUUCUUGGAUUUGUAUUUUCACUUUUCGGCAUGCAGGUUUUCGUUUACACCUUGGUUAUUUUUGGAUGGAUUCUUGUCACUGGAACUUUAAUCUUGUGUGGCAUAUUUCUUGUUCUCCACAAUGUGACUGCAGACACUUGUGUAGCAAUGAAUCAAUGGAUCCAACACCCUCUUGCUCAUACAGCUUUAGAUGAUAUAUUGCCGUGUGUUGACAAUGCCACUGCCCAAGAGACCCUUACGAAAAGCAAAGAAGUCACUUCUCAGCUGGUCAAUGUUGUUAACCAGGUCAUUACAAAUGUGUCUAAUAGCAAUUUCUCUCCCAACUUUGGUCCUUUGUACUACAACCAAUCUGGACCUAAGCUGCCAACCCUUUGCAAUCCGUUUAACCCCGACUUGACUGAUCGAUCCUGUAGUGCUGGUGACGUGGACUUGAGCAAUGCAACAAAGGUAUGGAAGAAUUAUGUAUGUCAAGUUUCGCCAAGUGGCAUAUGCGCCACAACAGGCCGACUGACUCCAACCAUCUACGGCCAGAUGGCAGCCGCGGUAAAUGUGAGCUUUGGAUUGUACCAUUAUGGUCCUUUCCUGGUUGACCUAGAAGAUUGUGAUUUCGUUAGACAAACUUUUGGUGACAUAUAUAGCAUAUACUGUCCCGGACUACAGCGUUACAGCAAAUGGGUGUACAUUGGUCUUGUGAUGGUUGGACUAGCAGUAUUACUUUCCCUCACAUUCUGGGUGAUAUAUGGGAGAGAGAGGCGACACCGUGUCUAUACAAAAGAACACAUGCCCAAACCAGCUGGAGGAUAUGACGGGAACAAACCGAUUUACGAGUAGUUAGCUUUGCCUUUUUGUAAUGCUAGCUAGAGAUGCACUGUUGUGUAUUUUGUAUAUACUGAUGUGUGAUGGCUGUUCAUAGAGCUUAUGGUUAUACUGUAAGAUUAGGUUUCAUUUCUUGGGGUUGAACUAUCAAUCUGUACUAGUUUUAUUAACAGCGAUGAAAUGCAAACCCAGGAGUUAUUAAUGGGUGAAGCCGUGCUUUAGAGAAA